UAUAUUUUAUUAAAUGAUAAAUUUAUGUCUAUGUGUUAAUUAUAUUUUCGUAGAUGCUAUAUCGUAGGCCAUAUGCAAUUAAUAUAUAAAAAUUAAAAAUUGUAUUUAAAAUAUCAUUCAUAUUUGGCCACGACGUUACUAUAUCAUGUCAUAAUUAUCGCCCCUUCUCGGAAUCCCUAGAUCAAAGAACAACUGCCACGCUAUCUUGAAUACACGUGCACGAAAAACUUGGAAUGCAGUAGGUCGUGUGUCAAAGGUCAGGACAAAGGGAGAGCACUAGGCUCUACAAGGUACAUAUUGACACGGUCACAAUGCAAGCUAAUAACAAAUAACUCCGAACUUCGAACAUCAGGCAAUGAAUUCGAGGCAGAAGCAAAGGUUUCUUUUGAUAGUUUUCUUUAUUUAUUGUGUUACAACAUUUUUAAUUCUUUUUUUAAUUCAACAAAAUCUAUCUGUAGAGCAAAACACUCAUUUCGGCUACGAAAAGUCAUGGCAACAUGAACUUAAAGAGUUACUGUCCUUUCCAUAUGUGUCUUCGUGCCGUUGGAAGAAAGGUUACAAACGUUUGUCAGAAAAGAUGCUUGUAAAAUUAUCGGACGAUGUUAUAAUGUAUUCUGCAUACCAGGACAACAGAACGGGAACACCACUGGUUAGAAUAAUGUCGGCUUUGAUGGACGGUGCAGACAUAUCUCAAUUGUCAUUGUGGUGUCAUUUCAGCGAUGAUGAAAAUAUUAGCCUAAACUCUUAUUCUUCGUCGCGUAUUUCAUUUUACGAAAUGUGUGAAAAUCAUUUAAAACCCUAUGGCGGCUGGAUUUUAUCAUGUGAGCUUCCAAGCAAUAUGUACGAAGGGCGCCAGCCAUGUUUUGUGUCGGUUAAAAGCGAAACGCUUGGUAACACUGCCACGUUACCCAUUCUGAGAACCGAACCCCUCGAGUCGAAUAAACAAAUAGAAUUUGCAGUUUGUGUCCCACCACUGUUUGGUGAUGUCUCAAAGGAGACAAUAAUUCAGUUCGUUGAGAUGGUACAGCAACUUGGUGCCAGUCAGAUUGUGUUCUAUAAUCAUUCAGUGACCCGGAACGUCGAUAAUGUUCUCAACUAUUAUACAUCUAACUAUAUCGUGUCGGUGCUGCCUUGGACUCUUUCUCUACCGCCCGCCAGUAUAUGGUAUAACGGACAAUCCAUCGCCAUGAACGAUUGCAUGUAUAGACAUAUGACCACCAUCCAAAACAUCAUCUUUAUGGAUUUAGACGAGUUUCUCAUACCACACAGCCCCAAAGCCACCACGUGGGGCGACAUUGUGAACGAAGUUAAACAUGACAAUGUCUGCGGCUAUUCUUUCAAGAGUGCCGCUUUUUCCAUCACAUCCUAUGGAAAACAGAUGGACUCUUCUCCCCUAAUUGCUAACCUUACGACCAGGAACGUCUUCAGCAUGUACAGAAAUAAGGUUUUGGUGCAGCCUUACAAAGUUUUGGAGAUUGGAAUUCAUCACGUAAGUCGACCGUGGCCGGAUGAGAAAAGAUAUACGGUUCACAACGUCGACCCCAUCAUUGCGUUCAUACAUCAUUACAGAGAUUGCAGCCAGAUACAUGAGUGCGGGGGCAGAGUGGAGGAUAGGACUUUGGUGGAUAAAUAUGCUGAACAGCUGAAGAAGAAUUUUCACAAGGUUUAUAGCGAUUCUGGAGAAUAAUAUACAUAUAAUGUUUACAUAAUUUUGUUGGUCACUAUUGAAACAGUUCCCGUUUUGUUUGUUUAUUUGUAGACUUGUUAAUAUGAUGAAUGUUUUCCCAUUAUCGUACGUAGUUUUGACGAAAGACAUUAAUUGGUUUUUAAAAAAUAAUUUGAUUUUGUUUUUAAGUUAUAUUAUACUUUGUCGUAUUUGUUGAAGGCAAGUUGUAUAUUAAUUAGUAUACAGUUUAAUGUUACCGUUUACAAAAAUGGGGGAAAAAAGGUCACAUUAAAAAAAGAAGUGUUGCUUGAUGCUAUUUAAGUUAAUGAGAUAUAAUUUAUUAUAGUUUAUCGGUACACGUGGUUCAAUAGUUAGGAAUUUCAGAACGUGUGGUUUGGGGCCAAGAUAUAAGAAUCAAUAAUUUAAAAUUAAAAUUACUUUUGAACAAUGAAUACAUAUAGAAUACUAAACGAGCUUGCCCGUAUUACCAUUUUUUAUGAAAUUAGUAAACAGUUUUGCUUUCGGAUGUCAGAUACGAACACUUCACGGGUUUCAUGAAAAUGGUAUGACAGGUAAGCUAGUUUAGUAUUUUAUUUAUUAUAAACCAACUGCAAACAAGCCACAACGCAGAAGUAAGCAGAUGUCGGGACCUACUACACGUUAUUUUUCUACGAAUAUAUUGGGUCAGCAAGUGAUUACGUCACGCUCACGUCACGCCAAUAUUACACUAGUUAGAUACUGAGCGAUUGUUAUGGCAUGGGCAAUAUCUUACGCUGGUGUGUAAUAAAAUUGGAUCUGUUAUACCUGGAGUGUUAACUAUGCACAGGGCUGGGCAUAGCUAGGAACAGGUUUAAAUUACGAACACAGGGUCGUGCGCUGGAAAUUUUGCACGGGUGGGGGGGGGGUCGAGGUGUCUGGCGAAGCCGUGGCGGGGGGGGGGGGCAAAAAUCGGGAUAUGAAAAAAAAUUCGCCUUGAGCAGGGGGGUUUCGACCCCCCCCCCCCCCCCCCCCCCCCGCGCACGCGCCUGGAACAAAGUGUCAUUUUCGUGUAACUGGAGAAGACCGUACAUACUAUAGCUGCGUUCACACUUACAAGUUAAACUAGUUUGAUUAUACGGGAUUAGCUAAAACACGUGUUAUUGCUAUACCGGUAUAAGGCGGACGUUUAGCUAUCCGCACUUGCGCAAAACAUCGAAACAACAAUAGACGAGACUGUUAGGCCGUUGACAACGCACUUAGGUCUCAUUCAUCACUAUAGUUCCUAAUUGUGACACAUGUUAUGGUUCACAUAUUCACUUCUAGGAAAUGGUGAAGAAUUAAAACAAUAUGUAUGUUUAAUGGUAAGCUUUCUGGCUGUAUUUUGCCCAUGUU